AUGGCGAAAAAAGUCAUGAAGAGAAAGGCUGAAGCUGUCUCAGAGGAGGUAGUCGCUGAUGUUACCGGAGACUCGGUGAAAACGAAGAAGCCAAAGAAGGAGACACCAACCAAACCACUAGUAACCUAUGAAGCUGGAGGAUUGGCGAAUCUUUUUGGAAAAUCUUCGGACAGUGCAACUAUUGUUGAAGACGUUACGAAAGGCGACAAAGUGAUUGAGAAACCGAAAAGAAGAAAAAACGAUCCAAAAAAAGAAGCCGAAGAAAAGAAGAAGGGUGGAGAAGAAACAGCAAUCACUGAAAAGACUCCUAAUGUCGAUGGGGAAGAGACCAAGGAGGAGAACAAAAAAGGAAAAAGAGAUCGCACCAAACAAAGAGAAAAUCGUGUUCUUGCCAAGUCCAAUGCUCGUUCUACCGCUGCUGACAACGCCAAAACAGUCUUCGUUGGAAACAUGCCCUUAACAAUGAAUGAGAAAUCCGUUAGUCGAAUUUUUUCCGAUUUCGGAAAAGUGUCUUCAGUUCGCAUGAGAUGCCUUAUUCCAACCAAUGAGAAACUCACUAGACGUGUCACUCAUUUGUCUGGAAAACUCAGCGAUAAACAGACUUCUCUUACAUUUUAUGUAAAGUUUGAAGAAGAAGAGUCGGUUGAGAAAGCGCUGAAAUACAACGGAACGAAGCUCGAAGAUCAUCUUAUCCGUGUUGAUACUGUUGGAACCAAAAAGGGAUUCGGAAAAGACAUGGCAAUUUUUGUCGGAAAUCUUCCGUUUGAUAUCACGGAAGAUACUCUCAGCAAUUUUUUUACGGAAAAAGUCGGCGCAAUAGAAGCUGUAAGAAUCAUCAGAGACAAAGACUCUGGAAAAGGGAAAGGAUUCGCGUUUGUGAAUUUCAAACAAGAUUCGUCUGCAAGUCUUGCGUUGAGUAUGGAAACUAUCAAAAUGGACAAACGAGAUCUACGCAUAACGAAAGUAAUGAAGAAGGGACAUUUGACGAAAAUUCAAUCGGCAAAGAAGCGAGCUCCGUUGUCAAAGAAGCAGACUGAAAUUACUGGAAAGUUGCAGAAUUUCAAGUUUUCAACCAAAAAACAAAGAACUACCGAACAAAACGACCGUCGUGCUUUGAAGAAGUCUGCGAAGAAAGCUAUCAAGAAGAAGAAGGCAGCUAAACAAGGACGCUUGAUGGCGUAA